AUGAAGGAUAUUAUUUCAAUUUACACGGUCGAUGGUGUUAAAAAUGAAGUUGCAGGCGAAUCCGGAACGCAGAAACUUGGUAUCACUAGAUCAGCUCUGGUUUGUGAGGUACGAACAGAGGCAGGAUGGGCUUUCCGUAGAACUCGUGAUAGACAACUCAGAGAGAUUAUCAACUCGAUUGAAACUCAUCAACUGAGUGAAUCUAGACACAUUCAAGAUAUUGUUCUAUGGAGGAAGAAUGAGAAUGAGUUCUGUAAUCAGUUUUCAACCUCUCAGACAUGGAAGCAAAUUCGAGUGAACAAACCGAUCAAACCAUGGACUAAAGUGAUUUGGUUCUCUCUUGGAGUUCCCCGGUUUGCUUUCAUUACAUGGUUGGCCGUUAAUAAUAGAUUGUCAACAGGUGACCGUAUGAGAUCUUGGGGACAAGUGCAAGGAUGUCUGUCUUGUGGAGAGCCAAACGAGACAAGGGACCUUCCGUUCUUCGCCUGUCCUUACACCUAUACUCUCUGGAUUGAAGUGGUGGGUACGUUAUUGGGGAGACCUCCUGACCCUGACUGGGGAAGCACGCUCGAACACUUAACAACCCAUAGUUUCAGCUAUCUUGGCUACAUUCUAUUGAGGUUAGUGUUUCAAGCUUCAAUAUAUAUGAUCUGGAGGGAAAGAAAUGAUAGAAGGCAUCUCAAGAAACCUAGACAGCAUCACCAACUUGCGAAGAUCAUUGAUAAAAAUGUUCGUAAUCGGCUUUUAGCUACUAGAUAUUGGGAGAAGCAACGUUUGAGAGAUCUUAUGCAAGAGUGGUACAAAACACAUACAUAG